AUGAAUAAAACAUUAAAAUUUAAUAGAAGAUAGCAGUAGCCAUCUGAAUAGAUGGGAUUUUGUGUUCAAUGUUAUAGCUUCAUUCCAAUCUAAUAGAUUGACUCUCAUUGUCUUAGUUGUAUGGAGAGUAAAAGAAAUAAUGAAUAUUGUUUUGAGAACAUAUCGUUUUAAUUAGAUCAUAUACAUUAAGUUGCAUCGAAUAGAAUAAUAAAAUGUGAAUAGGGUUCUGAAAAGUUAAAAUAUUUAAUAAGAAUUUAAGAACUUUGCAAACAGAUAGAAAAUAUAAAAUGUUAUAAUAUAUUGAGUAUAAAGAAGUUAAAAGAUAUAGAGAGUGAAGUAAAGGUUCUUAUUUCUUAUCCUCCAUAAUCUGUGACUGUUAUAAUGCUAUUAACAAGAUUAGAAUCUCUUUUAAAAGAAAAGUUAGAAUUAUAAAAUUAACGAAAGUUAAUUACUUAUAAUUCUAUUCCUUUAGAUAGUGAGGUAAGAAUAAAAACUGAAUAAGUUGAUAGUGAAGGUAGCAACUCAAGAUAUAAUUAUAGAAGAUAUUAAUCUGAAAAUAAUUAAAAAUAAUAAUUAGAGUUUAAGAGAAAUUUUUAUUCUAAAUGCCUUGAAAUGAAAGUCAAUCUACCAAAAAGUCAUCCAAGUCAAUAAAUUUUGGUUUAAGAAAUAUAUAAUUAUGUAAUUAGAAAAAAUUACAACUAAGAAUAGGCUUAUAAUUUUAUAUAAAAAUGUUUUAGUGAAUAGAAAAACAAUUAAGUAUGA